AUACGUAUCGAUGAGUCGUUGUGACAUAUACAGUACGAGUGAUAGUGUAAUCAAUGUGUAUUAACUACGUUAAAAAAAUGUAUGACACGUCUAAUAGUGUUAAAUUGUAUAUUUCUUUUACACGCAAAGACCCGAAAGGCGUUCCAUAGCAAAGAUCAAAAUGGCAUUCCAUAGAAAUCCUGGUUGAGAAUGAAACGACAGAACAAAUGAACAACGAAACAGCAACCUACGCCAGCCAACCCCGGAUGACGCUUGGCCAAUUGUGUGCCUCACUAUGGGACUCCCAAUCACGCCCAGAUGUGAUGCAGCCUGGAUUCAAACCAGGGACUGUAGUGACUAUUUAUAACUAACCCCUUCGGUCUAUGUUAAUAUCAUUGACCCUGGCCACACUACUGUAGUAGGGGUUUGGUUUGCUGACUAUUUAUAACUAACCCCUUCGGUCCAUGUUAAUAUCAUUGACCCUGGCCACACUACUGUAGUAGGGGUUUGGUUUGCUGACUAUUUAUAACUAACCCCUUCGGUCCAUGUUAAUAUCAUUGACCCUGGCCACACUACUGUAGUAGGGGUUUGGUUUGCUGACUAUUUAUAACUAACCCCUUCGGUCUAUGUUAAUAUCAUUGACCCUGGCCACACUACUGUAGUAGGGGUUUGGUUUGCUGAGGCUGACGUUAGCUAGCUAGCCAAUGCUCAGUUCAACCAACAUCACUAUUUUGUACGGCAGGUCGAACGGGGAUAAAAACACCAGAUUUCGGUAUUGUGGAACAGCGACAUUUGGUGGUGGCAAACUAUAGUACGCAUCACAGGUGAGAGCACACGACAGACACACUUUCCCCAACACAGUGGUGGAAAAAGUACUCAUUGUCAUACUUGAGUAAAAUUAUAGCUACCUUUUAUAUAAAAUUACUCAAGUUAAAGUUAGUCACCCAGUAAAAUACUUACUUGAGUAAAGUCUAAAAGUAUUUGGUCCAAAAUCUACUUAAGUAUCAAAGUACAAGUAUUCAUAAUUUCAAAUGCCUUAUAUUAAGCAAAGCAGAUGGCACCAUUUUCUUGUUUUUAAAUUGUACGGAUAGACAGGGGCACACUCCAACAUAAUUUACAAAAGUUGCAUGCGUUUAGUGAGUCAGCCAGAUCAGAGGCAGAAGGGAUGACCAUGUGUUAUCUUUAGGAAUGUAGUGAAGUAAACGUCAUAAAAAAUAUAAAUAGUAAAGUACAGAUACCCCCCAAAACGACCUAGUUGUACUUUAAAGUAUAUUUAGUACUUUACACCACUGCCAACACACUCAAUAAAACACUCAAGUAAAGCAGAAAAGCUUAACAGUAUGAACAUUUAUUUCUGGAUAUAAAUUAAAGUGUUUUAAAUAGCAGUGUCUACUCAGAUUAUAGUAAAUACAUUGUUUAUCUGAUUUAUUUUUUCUUUUAGAAAUAGUCAUCGUGCAGGGUGUUUUUAUCCACAAUAUUCUAUAAUUUUAUCCUACUGAGACUGAGGGCUGAUUAUAAAUGCUGAGCUAUGACAGACAGACAAGCCCUUUGCUUAAUACAAUACAUUAUUAUUAUUAUUAUUAUUAAUACUUUUGAUACUUAAGUAUAUUUAUAACCAAAUACUUUUAGACUUUUACUUAAGUAGUAUUUUACUAGGUGACGUUCACUUUUACUUGAGUAACUUUCUAUUCAGGUAUCUAUACUUUUACUCAAGUAUGACCAAGGUGUACUUUUUCCACCACUGUGUUGGGGAAAGUGUGUCGUAUGCUCUCACCUGUGAUGCUCACUAUAGUGUGCCACCACCAGAUGUCGCUGUUGAGAUAAAUAUUGUUCCACAAUACCGAAAUAGUGUUUUUAUUGCCGUCCGACUUGCCGUCCAAAAGCAAAGUCACCAGGAAGAGAAAUGUCAAACGUUUGGAAACUGGUAACGGUUAAACUGUUGUUUUUUUUGUAUCUUGUAUGAUACAUUCAGGUUCUUAGAAUAGUACAGACUACAAAAUGACAACCGUAAAAUACUGUUUAAAAGAGUGAUGUUGGUUGGGCUGAGCAUAGGCUAGCUAGCUAGCUAGCUAGCUAACGUCAGCAAACCAAACCACUACAACAAGUGUGGCCAGGGUCAAUGAAGUUAACAUAGACAGAAGGGGUUAGUUUUCAAUAUUCGACAUUAGCUAGCUAGCUAGCCAUAUGUAUGACGAGCUAAAAGAGAAGACGUUUUACGAGCUGAAUUCGCGAUCAAAAAUAUAGUUAAUCUCGUAAAACGUAUUUUUAUUCAUAAAUCUGGCCAUGGCAUUACUGGACAAACCGGGUAUGUCCGGGUUUGUAAAUAUACUUAAUAUAUUAGCCUUAUUCUUUAUUUUGUGCACUCGGGAAUUAUUCAGACCUUGUCUUUCCACAUUUUGUUACAGCCUUAUUCAAUGUUUCCCCCCCUCAAUUUCAACACAAUACCCUAUAAUGACAAAGCAAAAACAGGUUGACAUUUUUGCAAAUUUAGUAGAAAUAAAAAAAUAUAAGGCUUACAUAAGUAUUCAGACCCUUUACUCAGUACUUUAAAGCACCUUCGGCAGCGAUUACAGACUCGAGUCUUCUUGGGUAUGAUGCUAAAUCAAAUCAAAUGUAUUUAUAUAGCCCUUCGUACAUCAGCUGAUAUCUCAAAGUGCUGUACAGAAACCCAGCCUAAAACCCCAAACAGCAAGCAAUGCAGGUGUAGAUGCACGCUACAAACUACAAGCUUGGCACACCUGUAUUUGGGGAGUUUGUCCCAUUUUUCUCUGCAGAUCCUCUCAAGCUCUGUCAGUCUGGAACCGUUUAUAUUUCCCUCGAUCCUGACUAGUAUCCCAGUCCCUGCCACUGAAAGGUGGCAGGUUUCCUCCCGGUAUGACGCUUGGCAUUCAGGCCAAAGAGUUCAAUCUUGGUUUCAUCAGACCAGAGAAUCUUGUUUCUCAUGGUCUGAGUCCUUUUUUGGCAAACUCCAAGCGGCUGUCAUGUGACUCCUACUAGGAGUGGCUUCCAUUUGGCCACUACCAUAAAGGCUUGAUUGGUGGAGUGUUGCAGGGAGGGUUGUCCUUCUGGAAGGUUCUCCCAUCUCCACAGAGGAACUCUGGAGCUUUGUCAGAGUGACCAUCGGGUUCUUGGUCACCUCCCUGACGAAGGCCCUUCUCCCCUGAUUUCUCAGUUUGGCCAGGUGGCCAGCUCUAGGAUGAGUCUUGGUGGUUCCAAACUUCUUCCAUUUAAGAAUGAUGGAGGCCACUGUGUUCUUGGGGACCUUCGAUGCUGCAGACAAUUUUUGGUACCCUUCCCCAGAUCUGUGCAUCGACACAAUUCCGUCUCUGAGAUCUACGUCCAAUUCCUCGACCUCAUGGCUUGGUUUUUGCUCUGACAUGCACCGUCAACUGUGUGACCUUAUAUAGACAGGUGUGUGCCUUUCCAAAUCAUGUCUAAUCAAUUGAAUUUACCACAGGUGGACUCGAAUCAAGUCAUCUCAAGGAUGAUCAAUGGAAACAGGAUGCACCUGAGCUCAAUUUCGAGUUCCAUAGCAAGGGUCUAAAUACUUAUGUAAAUAAGGUAUUUCUGUUUUUUAUUUGUAAUACUUUUGCAAACCUUUUUAAAACUGUUUUUGCUUUGUCAUUAUGAGGUAUUGUGUGUAGAUUGAGGACAUUUUUUUUAUUUAAUCCAUUUUAGAAUAAGGCUGUAAAUGUAACAAAAUGUGGAAAAAGUCAAGGGGUCUGAAUACCUGCCAUGAAUGUCCUGACUCUUGCCAUACAUUUACCCAUUUACCAUAAAGUAAUGAUCCUGCAUCAUGAUGUGUAACCAAUGCCAGGUGCCGCAGUUUGCCGCUGUGUCAGGGGUCCUGGGUCUGAUGACGGGCACUGCGACUGUCCUGGCCACCAGCGAGGUGAAGAAGAAACCUGCAGCUCUGAGUCUCAGUAUUGAAGAGCUCCCGUCCCUCUAUGUUACUCCAGAGCCGCAGCUCCGGUAUGUGGAGCCAGAGGUGGGGCCAGUGGAACAGGGCGUGGCCAAGCUGAGGAAAUGGGCCGAGCCUUACACCAACCAGUGUCAGGUAACGGGUCUGGUUGCCCUGGAGAAAGCUGAGGAGGUCUACAGGACUGUAGAGCCCACUGUGAGCGCCUCUACCAGGACAGUGAGAGAGACAUAUGAGUUCCUCAAUGAUCCUCCUCCGGACCUCUAUCCCAGCGUCGGGGUGGUUGGCUUCUCUGGCUUCUUAGGAUUGUACCUGGCCAAAGGUUCCAGGGUGAAGAGGCUGGUGUUUCCUGUCGGGCUGAUGGCUCUUAGUGCUUCCAUGUUCUACCCCCAGCAAGCUGCCUCCUUAACCAAGGUGAGCAGGGACUCUGUGUACAGCUGGAGUCAGCAGGGUCGGGAUGCUCUGCAGAUGCUCUGGAAGGACCUGCCAUUUGGCAAGGGCAAGGCAGGCUGAGAAGGCCGAGGACAAGAGCACUGCUAGCUGACACAGAAAGCCUGGACACAUCGCAUGAGAUUUUGAAAGUUAAUGGCAUCAAAGGUCCCAAAACAAUCACAUUUUGUUGUGUCAUGGAACAUUUGGUUCAAACGUAGAGAAUAGGUUAUAAUUGGAGCCCGGCCGGUAUAUUGUUUCACCGAUAUUAUCCAUCUAUAUUGGCUGUAAAACCCAGGGUGUUUUAUUUGACUGUGUGUGUUCAUGUUGUGGGCCUAAUGUUGAGAGUGUGUUUGGGUGUGCAUGUUCAAUCGUGUGGUGUUCCUAGGUGUGGAUUGUUGCUGGCCCUCAGGCCCUUGUUCUCCUAUGCCUUUGGCACCUGAUUUGUUUCAUGAAAUUGUGAAAUCCUCAAUGACUGAUGUGAAUAUAGGGGAUUAGGAUUCUUGGCAUGAUAACAACGGUUGUCAGAGGAGUUGGACUGCAACUUCUGACAGAAUCACCUAUAUUAACAACAGCCCUCUUUUCCCGAGAGUGUUUCCCUAGGUGGCAACGGUGUGACACAAAGCUCCUCACGGUGCACGUAGUGUUGGCACACAAAACAGAAAAGUAUUUGAAUUUUGAAGGACGUUACAUCAUGUCAUCACACCCACCAGUGGUGAGAGCCUGUUAUUACCAUAAUCUACUGUAUGUCUAAAUUGGUUGGAACCAGGCUCUUGUCGUAAAAAUACAAUUUGUUUUCAGUGAUAUAACCUGGCUUACUAGAGGUGAUAUAAACUCUGUAGUUCUGGGUGUGCUGCACCAGUGUGGAUCGAAAUCACAUUCAACACUCCUAUAUGCACCGCGCCUCCAUGGUGUACACACACCCUAGACAGAGCACCUUAACAUACCGCUGUCUCUCCUGUAACAUGAUACAUCACAUUCCCUCUUGCUCAGUUACCUUGCCAACUAACCAUGCCAACCUGUUGUAACCAUGCCAAUGGACACAGGAGACUCCUGUCAGCUGUCCUCUGACCUCGUUUCUGUGUUUAUGUCUAAAUCUUGUUGCUCAUGCUUGUUUUGGUUAUGUUUAUGUAUUUAUUUCUAAAGACAUUCCCCCAUCAUUGAUCCACCACAGAGUGCACUACGAUAAUGUUGCAUAAAUUAUUAAAAAAGUUAAAGAUGUACUUCUACUGAAGAAUAUUUAAAUGUGGUGUAUAUUUGAAGUAUUUUGUGUUUCAGGUGAUGAUUUUCAUUUUGAAUUGGUUGAUUUUUGUAUUGAUUGUCUGUUCCCAGAAAACAACUGUCUAUAAACAGAGAUAUGGCCCUAAUAAACCAAACUCCUAUAUGA